UCCUUUCUCGCUUCAGAAAAUUGUGUCGAAUUGCAGUUGCAGGACAGUUCAAAAUUUCCGAUUCCCCAACUCCGUGAAGAAGAAAAUGACUACCUCUAGGCGCCUUGCAGACAGAAAAGUGGUGAAAUUUCAGAAAAAUAUCACAAAGAGGGGAUCAGUUCCUGAAACCUCAGUGAAGAAAGGAUAUGAUUACCCAGUUGGGCCAAUUGUGCUUGGGUUUUUUGUUUUCGUGGUCAUUGGAUCAUCCCUGUUUCAGAUUAUAAGGAUGGCUACAAGUGGUGGGAUGGCCUGAGACUAUGGAGGAGGAAGUUCCAGUGAACAUGGAAAUGUAUUAUGUGGGUUGUAUCUG